UUUGGGAAGAGCAAAGCGGAACAACGGAGGGAGCCGGGUCGGGCCGGGCCCCAGUGUGAAGGCGCGGGGCGGUCGGUCGGGCGCCUCUUCAGACCGCUGCCCAAAAAUGCACUCGGAUGCCGCCGCUGUCAAUUUUCAGCUGAACUCUCAUCUGUCAACACUGGCAAAUAUUCACAAGAUUUACCACACUCUUAAUAGGCUGAAUUUGACAGAAGAAGCUGGUCAAGACGAUCGCCAAACAGGAAGUCUCAGGUCUUGCAGUUCUUCAGACUGCUUUAGCAAAGUGAUGCCUCCAAGAAAAAAGAGGCGACCUGCAGCUGGAGAUGACUUAUCAGCUAAAAAGAGUAGACAUGAUGGUAUGUAUAGAAAAUAUGAUUCUGCUAGAAUAAAGGCAGAAGAUGACAUGUUCUCAAGCAAGCGGUGCCUAGAGUGGUUCUAUGAAUAUGCAGGAACAGAUGAUAUUGUGGGUCCUGAAGGAAUGGAGAAAUUCUGUGAGGACAUUGGGGUUGAACCAGAAAAUGUAGUUAUGCUUGUGCUAGCUUGGAAGCUGGAUGCUCAGAACAUGGGUUAUUUUACGUUGCAAGAAUGGUUAAAAGGAAUGACAUCUCUACAAUGUGAUACAACAGAGAAGCUAAGAAAUUCUUUGGAUUACUUGAGAUCUUUAUUAAAUGAGCCUACAAAUUUUAAACUUAUUUACAGAUAUGCAUUUGAUUUUGCACGGGAAAAGGACCAGCGAAGCCUAGAUAUAAAUACUGCCAAGUGUAUGUUAGGACUUCUCUUAGGAAAAACGUGGCCUCUUUUUCCAGUAUUUCACCAGUUCCUAGAGCAGUCUAAGUACAAGGUGAUCAACAAGGACCAAUGGUGUAAUGUUCUGGAAUUCAGCAGAACCAUUAAUCUUGACCUCAGCAAUUAUGAUGAAGAUGGUGCAUGGCCAGUGUUGUUGGAUGAAUUUGUGGAGUGGUAUAAAGAAAAACAAAUGACAUAGGAACUUUAACUAUGCACAGCCGCUCAAGAGUCUUUGUGACUACAGUUAUGUUGACCAUUAGCCAUAAACUGCUAUUUGUAUAAAAGCGCAUGCUGCUUUUCCUGCACUGUAUCCCAUUUUCAGGGACCUUUUGGUGUUUUGCUGUUUAACAGGCCAGCUCUGUUUGCUUAGUAGCAUUGUUCUCUUUGAAGGCUGCUUUGCAUUUUGUAUCUACACUACAGAUGGUGAACUUACCAGCAUCCUCACUGUGAUUAAUGUGUAUAUUGCUGUCUAAACUUUGUAUAUGUGUAUAAAAAAGCUUCACCUAGGAAUUAUUUCAGCAGAAAUGUAUUGUAAAAAUAAUUUUGUGGCAUAUUUCUAGUUGCAGUCAGUAACCAUGUAACUUAAUUUUUAAUUUUCACACGAUCUCAGACAUAGCAUUUCAGGAAAAGUGAUUGUUGGGAUGGUGACUAUGUAGAGCUAUUGCCAGUUAGCAACAUGCCAGUUUUUUGAGAGGAGAUGUUGCACUAUGAUUUCUUCACAUGCGGAUGCCCAACAGCAGUUUUGUUAGUAAGCGAGUAUUGGCUGUCUUUUUAAAACUGCAAACUUAUUAAAAUUGUUACAGCUUCUUGAAUAGAGUUGUACAUGUUACAGUGACUUCCAUUUGGUGAUAAAGCUGAUUUUCUGAUACUCAGAGUGCUGUAGAUUUCAAAUUGGUACAGCAGAUCAAAUUAAAACUGAUUAAAAAGGGUUUUAGACUUGCAAAUUGGUAUAUAUUUCUUUAUUUCAGUUUUGCUUUGUUUUGUUCCCAGAAUGUUUUAGUUGAAGGUAAAGUGAAGUCCCUUGUAAAAUUAAACAGAUUUGUGGGUGUAUUUCAUGUUAUGGAAUCAUUUGCUAAAUGUUACCCAGAAAACCUUGCAACUUGUGAACCAAAAGAGUACUACUGGCUUCUACUAUACCAGAGAUUGGAUUUCCUUGUAGGUGUCUAUUGCAGGCAAUGGGCAAAGUAAUCACCAGCAUUGUCACUCAUUUGGGACUACUUUUCUUAACUGUUUGCACAGGAAAGUUCAAGCCAUUACUUGCUUGGGGAAACUAGAUGAUGAGGACAAGACAUGUCUCACCAUAUUGUCUUUACCCCAGACUUUUCUAUAUCAAUUCCAGUAAUUGAUUUGACAAAUUUUUGCUAAAUAGAGGGCAAACUUCCAUGGAAAUACUUCCAAAAUGCAUUGAUGUAUGUUUAAUGGACAGUGUGGUAGUUGUAGUGUUUGCAAUAAAAACAUUAACUGGCAUUUUAUCCUAGCAGAAAACUAAAAUAGGUAAAUCUCAGUUCUAAAAUUUUGGUUUGACAGAAAUAAGUAGUCAGUACUUUACCCCUUGUUCUUCAUUUUUGGGUUACUAAAUAACUGACAGAACAUGUAUAGGCAUAAGCCUCUUCAGUUUUGAGUGCUUCCAAACAAUCAUAGUUGAACAGAAAAAUAAUGGACUGGCAUCUUAGGAUGCCCUUGUGCAAUGUGAUUCUACAUUGAAAAGGGAGAGAGUGCUGAACUCUUCCACUUCUCAAUGGAAAUCUGUCUCAUCAUGGAGUAUGCCCCUCUCACCUUCAAAAGACUUCUUGGUAGUAUUGUGUUAUGCCGGCUCAUACCAGACUAGUGAAGUUGAAAAGAUUAUGUCCAGAUUCUUAUUUAUGUACUACACUAGCAUAGACAGUGCUACCAAGAAGAAAGCCACAAGAAUGGUUAUUAUGAAGGGAAAAGGCAAUGCAGAAGUAUGGCUAUGAGUCAGUAGAUUUUGUCUGCUUUCUCUUACUAUUACUGUGUGCACCAGCAAGCGUAGUGCUCCAGUAGGAUUCUGCCCAGGUGCUCAUAGUUCUCUCCAUCUUAACUGUGUUAAUUGUAUCUGAUUUCAGAUUUCAAGAGAAAAUAAUUUCUGGGUGUUAUGGGUAAAGAAUUAUGAUUUAUUCAUAAAAUUCUAUCCUAUCUAUUUGUCUUGUUAUCUGCAAGCAGAUAAAAAUAGUUCCUUGUAUAUAUAAAACUGUAACAUUACCUACAGGUAUGUAACAUUUCCAUAAAGUAAUUUGCAGCAUCAAACUAUUUAUUAAUUCCUUUAAAGAUCUGCUAUGUUAAUUACAGUUGGGGUAGGCAUAGAUGAAUAGUUGUGAAGGUACGAAAGGUGGAAAAUACAGGAUUUACUGCAUAUUAUCUUGCUGAGAAGUUAAAAAGUUGCCAGGAUAGACAAAGUAGCCCAAGGGUUCACGAGAUCUAGUCUAGUUCCUGGUGCCAGUUCUCAAUCUAUUUGGGUGUGUGAUAUGCAAGAAAUUAUGAAAUGAACAAACUGUAUAAUACUUCCUUUAAAAAUAGAAGCAAAAAUGGGAAUUAAUUGAAUUCUGGUCCCAGGUAUUACUGACAAAUCAUGUGUGGGCAUUACUUGAGAAUGUUAAGUUAAUCAGUAAAGUAAUGAGCUAGAAUUCAAGGUGCACAUGGAGAAUUCUAUCAUCUCUGACGUCUCAGAACAAACCAUUGCCACUUUGUGAAAUGCUUUGUAAAGUUCUGUCAUGUGCAGAAUUUUAUAGAUCUUGUGGCAGUUAAAUAAGACAUUUGUAUUUAUAUUUUGCUACCAAUACCUGAGCAAAAAGAAUUGGUCCUUGAAUUUCGCUGUGAAAAGCAGACUUUCUUAACAAGCACAUUUCAAGAUUAGAAUAUUCAGAAUUUUAUCAGUAUACAAUUUUUGUUACAAUUGAUACAGGCUUUAGAAAUAGAAGAAAGAUGAAUGUGCUCUUUAUGUUCUAAAAUCUAGCCCAUAGAUUAUUAAUGGAAUGUUUAACAAAUCUUGUAUCUUUUUUAUUUGCUCAAAAUGUCAAGCAUCUUAAAGGUAUUGACAUCAUGGCUCAGUUUGUGAUUAGGAACAAAGUGCUCCAUUGGAGUUUAAAUGCUCUUCACAUUCACAAUCAGUGUUUUCUGUGUGUGGUUGCCUAGUGUACAAACUGAUUUGUGAGUGGUAGACUGGUCUAUGGGGAAAUAAGACUCCAGAUACUGUCAAAUAGGCUUUUUCUGUAAUACCAAAGAUAGAUAGGUGUAUUUCAUUGGCACACUGGACUUUCAGAAUUCAAAAUUGAAUUCUUGGGCAAUACAGUACCACCUAUCAAUAUAAUCUACUUUCUUGCUAAAUUAGAUUGAAAUACAAUACUGAAGACAAACUUGGUCCUCCUGAUGUGGUGUUGAUUUGUAUGAUGUAAGUUCUUGGUUUUUGUUCAUAAAGGCAGCAAAACUGUUCAUUCUGUAUUAGAAAAGCAAGAUAAUAGGAUGAAUGGACCAUAAAAAUCUGAAUAAAUGUAAUGAUAUACAGUACUAUUUUCCUUUUUUGCUUAAUGCACAUCAGUUUCUUAAGGAGAGACCUCCAGGAUUCAUUUUACUGCAUAACCAAUUUAGAAUUUUAAGUAACUCUGUGCCUGCAGUUAGUUUUUCCCUACUUUUGGAUCAUUGGUUAUGUCUCCAUGGUCCCUUUAGAAGUAGUGGAAUAUAAUAUAAUUUGUUCCCAGUCAAGAUCCUAACGGUGCUUAAAUCCUGUGUAGCUGAAUUGUAAGGAUUUGCUUUGUGCCUGGGCUAAUUACAACUGCUAAAUACCUCUUGAAAGCCUUAGACUCUGUCCUUCCAUAUGGUUGUGUAAAUGCAUAGAACCACCAAUUUACACUGGCAUUCUUUCAUUUGAGACAAAAGUGUGUGUUUUCAGAAUUUAUUCUGUCACACACUGUUCUGGCAGAAAGAGCAGUUUAAUGACACCAACUGCUGUUUUUGUCUUAGGUGUUCCUGUAUUGCAAACUUGAGGUGUGAUUUUCAAGUCCUGUGGCUCAAACUGACUAAGUACUGUUAAUUCCAUCUUAUUUGAGUUUGUGCACUGCAGUUUUGUGUAAAAAAUGAUGUUCCAUAAAUAAAACAGUAUUUGUGUC